UUUUGCAAGAAAACAAAGAUUUGCUGCAGCCUCUCCCCACGCAACGGGGUUUCUAUAUGUCGCUUCAGUACUUUAUAAAUAUCCUUAUUAGUCAUUUGGGUUGGGAGAAGUAGCAGCGUUACACCCCCAUGCAUUUUAUCUGCUGUAUUUCACUGCUUACCAGGGAAGCAACAUAAGGAUCCACACCUAUAUAGUCUACCUGGAUGGGUGCUGCUACCUCCCCAGAACCAAUAACAUGGGAAUAAUAAUAGGAAGAAACACUCACACUGCGUAAGUGUUCGUCUGCAUUGGAAUAUGGGAAUUCUGCACUUCAAGAGUCAGUCGUGGGUGAAUAAGUGAGAAGUAAGUCAGGAGGUUCCUAUAAGUGAAUGAGUCUGUGCAACUGUGCAAGUUGGAACGUGUUGGAAAGACAAAUACAAAAUGCAUGGAGUCGGGCCAGACAGUGGAGGGGGUUGUACUUGAUGGUUUGAUUAGAUAAACACUGAGAUUAUGUUUCACGGGAAUAUUGAAGGUGCAGGUCCAUGAUCUGCUUCAUGGGAACUUUUUCUGUUUUCAUUACAUCCUGGUGCCACAUGGUUAUGUGCCCUGCAAUUUUGGAUUAAUAUUAGGUUGCUCGCUUGCAUGGAUGUGUGAGACGUGUUCUAGAAGGAAGGGUUAACUAACCCCUAGCAGAGUGCCUGCAGUGGGGCCAGUAUUGGAUCAUAUGGGACUGUACAGAUACAGAGGAUUUCUGCUCCAAGCAGCCCUGCUGUUUCCUGUUCUUCUCCAGAGGAAGCCACAGACUAAUCCCAACUUCUCUGCCUCACCUUUCAUUUCCCCGCUUGGAACUCUGCGCUGCUCAGCCACCACUGACAGUUGAAGUCAGACGCAGCCAUGGAAGGAGCUUUUCUCUGAUGCCUGUCUGGGAUGCUGAAAUUAGAGGGGAUGGAGCUGCAGGAUGCUUUGCUGACUCUUGGCUCCAUCAUCGAAAUUCCUCGCCUACGGGAAGCCAUUAAAGAUGCCAUUGCCUCCGUUCUUCCCAAAGUGGACAAUGCCUUUAUCUACCUGCUGGAUGCAAAGGGACGCCUUGUCUGUCAUGACCCCCCCCACGAGCUGCCUCCGGAAGGAAAACUCAGGGACGCCGUAUUGCUACAGAAACGGAUAGAAUGCAGUGGCCUGACCCCUUCUGAGCUUUUGGGCCAGAACAUGAGCAGUCUGGCAGCUCCGUUACCACCAGAUAAACAAGUGCUGAUCCUCCCAUUACUAGACCAGGAUAUGGCCAGAGUGGUGUCUGUUAUACUGUUACAUUGCAGUCAGUUGAAUGACUCUGAUGAACAGAAUCUCAGAAUCUUGGAGAAGCACACCCUGGUGGCGUGCAAGCGGGUACUGGCCAUUCAGAAACUGCAGCCCGUGUCUCAAAUCCCGAUGUCACCUCUAUCACCUCUGUCACCUCUGUCACCUCGCUCCUAUCACAAUUCAUUGCCAAAACCCACACAGGCUGCCAACAAGAGCUACGAUGAACUGGACCAGAAAAUCCUCCAGCUUUGCGGAGAACUUUAUGAUCUGGACGCAGCUUCUCUACAGAUUAAAGUCAUCCACUAUUUGGAACAGCAGACCCAGUCGCCCUGCUGCUGCCUUUUGCUGGUGUCAGAGGACAGUCACCAACUGUUCUGUCAGGUUGUUGGAGGAAAAGUUUUGGAGGAAGAAAUCAGUUUCCCACUCACAUUUGGCCAUUUGGGGCAGGUAGUGGACAAGAAGAAAUCCAUCACCCUUCAGGACAUCAGCUCGGAGGAGCACCGGCAGCUCAAUAACAUGUUGGGGUUCGAGGUUCAUUCCAUGCUGUGUGUCCCCGUCAUUAGUCGCGCCACCUCCCAAGUGGUAGCCCUGGCGUGUGCAUUCAACAAACAAGGAGGGAAGUACACAGAGGUAGAUGAGCACAAGAUCCAGCACUGCUUCUGUUACACCUCCACGGUUCUCACCAGCACACUGGCCUUCCAGAAAGAACAAAAGUUAAAGUGUGAAUGCCAGGCUCUUCUGCAAGUGGCCAAAAACCUCUUCACGCACUUGGACGAUGUGUCCGUCCUUCUCCAGGAAAUCAUCACAGAGGCCAGAAAUCUCAGCAAUGCAGAAAUAUGCUCAGUGUUCCUGUUGGAGCGGCAGAGUCACGAGCUCGUAGCCAAAGUGUUUGACGGAGGGGUCGUUGAUGACGAGAGCUACGAGAUAAGAAUUCCAGCAGACCAGGGUAUAGCCGGCCAUGUGGCCACCACAGGCCAGAUCCUGAACAUUAAGGAUGCCUAUUCACAUCCGCUCUUCUACCGGGGGGUGGACGACAGCACAGGAUUCAGGACUCGCAAUAUCUUGUGCUUCCCUAUUAAAAAUGAAAGUAACGAGGUCAUUGGUGUGGCAGAACUGGUCAAUAAAAUUAAUGGCCCUGGCUUCACUAAGUUUGAUGAGGACUUGGCUACAGCUUUCUCCAUCUAUUGUGGAAUCAGCAUUGCUCAUUCGCUGUUGUACAAGCAGGUCCGGGAGGCUCAGUUCCGAAGUCACUUGGCGAAUGAAAUGAUGAUGUAUCACAUGAAGGUGUGUGAAGAUGAAACCAAGAAGCUGCAGAGCAAUGGCAUCAUUCCAGUGUCUCAGAUUGACCCUGACUUUGCCAGUUUUACCUACACCCCCCGAUCCCUCCCUGAAGAUGAUACCAUAAUGUGUGUCAUAAGUAUGUUUGAAGACAUGGGCUUUGUCAACAACUACAAGAUUGAUCGCACAACCCUUGUUAGGUUUUGCCUCAUGGUGAAGAAAGGAUACAGAGACCCCCCGUACCAUAACUGGAUGCAUGCCUUCUCUGUCUCACACUUCUGUUUCCUCCUCCACAAGAACCUGGAGCUUGGGAAUUACCUGGAGUACAUUGAAAUCUUUGCAUUGUUUGUCUCCUGUUUGUGUCAUGAUUUGGAUCACAGAGGAACCAACAAUUCCUUCCAAGUGGCCUCUAAAUCAGUAUUGGCAGGUUUAUACAGCUCCGAAGGGUCUGUCAUGGAGAGACAUCAUUUUGCUCAGGCGAUCGCCAUCCUGAAUUCCCACGGCUGUAACAUCCUAGAACAGUUCUCCAGAAAGGAUUACCAGAGGAUGCUGGAUCUGAUGAGAGACAUUAUCUUGGCCACCGACCUUGCACAUCACUUGCGAAUCUUCAAGGAGCUCACAAACAUGUCCCAAGAUGGGUUUGAUCCCCACAAUAAACAUCACCAUUAUCUCCUGAUCUGCCUCCUAAUGACCUCCAGUGACCUCUCCGACCAAACCAAAGGCUGGAAGACCACCAGGAAGAUAGCGGAACUGAUCUACAAGGAAUUCUUCUCUCAGGGAGACCUGGAGAAAGCAAUGGGAAACAGACCGGUUGAGAUGAUGGACAGAGAGAAGGCUUACAUCCCUGAACUCCAGAUCAGCUUCAUGGAGCACAUUGCCAUGCCCAUAUACAAGUUGCUCAAGGAUCUCUUCCCGCAAUCUUCCGAGUUGUACGAGAGGGUCGCGGCCAACAGAGAAAAGUGGACACGCGUCUCUCACAAAUUCACCAUUAGAGGGUUGCCCAGCAACAACUCCCUGGACUUCUUGGAUGAGGAAUAUGACAUACAGGAGGGUUUGCUAGAUGAACUGAAGAUGAACGGUUGUGUGGAGUCGAAGGAAUCUGUUGUGGGCGACUAAUGGGUGGGACAGUGAGACCAUUUCACCCUCAUUUUCUUAUACAACUCUUUAUAGCCUCAGUGUGAAGAGCGGCCGAGUGUUCAGGUCAUGAGGUGAUCUUGCCUCCUGUGUGCAGCGCAAAGCUUGUGUGUUACGCAAAACCACAAUGGCAUCUGGCCAAUCAGAACGAUCCAGACUGAAGAAACUUUUCUUGCCUCAAAAAAAAAAAGAAUGUUUCACGCACAGAACGUUCAGGAAAGGGACAUUCUAAUAGGUUCAGACUUUUUGUGGGUUCUGUUAACUAUGAUGGGAUUGGUUGUCCACGAGGGACCUUGGCGAGUUGCCAGUUUGGGGAAGCAUUAAUGGUUUUUGCUACUACCCCACCCAACACAAUCAUCUACCUUCUCUAUUGUAAUCUACUACUGCCCCCUCCAUGUUUCCUCCUUGCCAAAGCACUGAUAUAUCUACUCUACCCCUGAGAAAGUUUUAAUGGUGGGAACCCCGUUUGGCCAGUUAACCAAAAAUGUACAGAAUGUUAAUGAUCCAACCGCUUGGUACCUUAGUACUGAUACCUGUGGUCCAACAGAAGGGGUCCCAUUUCCAUCUCAUCCAUACUUGCUUCUCUCCUGUGCCACCUUCAUUCUUUAGGGGCCCCUGGGUUCUCUCUGGUUUGCCAGCUGGAGAACGAAAGAACAUUUUAAAUUCAUGCAAUCAAACUGAAUACUGAGUGGGAUUGGCUACAUAUACAAAGAAACAUGUUUAACUGGGGACACACUCAGCUCAGCUGAUUGUUGGCCCUCUUAACAGAUUUUAUUUUAAAGAAAAAAAAAAGCCCCUCCUCUCCCAGACUUUGUUUCCGGUGCGUAGCCACUAAUUCUGUACAUAUUUACUUGGCAAAUUUGGGAAUUUCCAUGUAAUUUGUUAAAAGGGACCCAUUCAUUGUAGAGGAAACCAAUUAUUGGAAUAUCUCCAGAUUUCUCCUGUAACAUAUGGCCCAUAAUGUAGUUGACUACUGUUUCUUUUUUUACUGGACUACACAUUGCACUGAACCACUGCCCUCCACAUGGUCCUACAGAGAGGUCCACACCUGCCUGGAGAUAAACAAAUCCUCAACUCUUCAACAUGUGGCACCCAAAGUAUUCUUCACAUUUAUCGUUGCCUUUUGGAGGUGCUCAAAACCACAAACACACUGUACAAUUGUAUCAAGGGCUACUGCUUAGUUUUGUUCUUGGGUUCAUUAGAGAACUGCUUACUUUUGGUUUUGGUUUAAACCAGUCUGUGUUGCAUUAAGAAACCCAUAUUUCCUCCAUGAAUCAAUCCAUUUAGGCACUGCCCAUGGGUCUGUUCUUCUUGAGAAAUAAUGUACCAUGAAAGUUACGGCUCAGCGUCCAACCCAGGGGUACAGAAGCCAUAUGAGUGAAUAUCCACAUAAAGCUAAAGUUGGCUCUGUUGCAUCUUUCGGAUAUUGUUUGGCCCCUGGUGUCUGGGACACUGCACAUGCUCAGUGAGCUCUGACCUGUUCUAAGGACUUGUGAGAAAAGUGGUGUAUUGGUGCACCCCAACCAUGUACAUCUCUGGUGGCAUGAAUUCAUUCACGCUCCCUUUGAAUAGACGUUACACUCAAAUAAAACUUUUAAUAAUGUCAACUGUAUCCUAAAAACCCCAAGAUAAUGGAACAUCAAGGGGAGAACUAAUAAGGGAAAACCAGGAGUGCAUCUCAUUCAAAGGGGGCCUUUCUAUUUAGUUUAUUCUUGCACAAUUCUCAAUGGGCAUCCACAGUCUCAAUCAUGUCAACAGCAGGUCCAUUCAAAGACCCAGAGAAGAUGUGGGUCAACAUUUGAGGAGUAGAGAGGGCCUCUAGGCUGGUACAGUAAGCUAAUUGGAUCCUUUCUAGCCUAAUUUUUUGUGGGUUUUAAUUUCUCUUUGCAUUUCAUCAUGGGCAUGAAGAAGACAGAAGAAGGGAGGUCUUUCUUGCCAAAAGCAGAGACACCAUGCUAGAGGCUGGACAUUGUUGGUUCAGGGGAAGGGUUGGUUCAGCCUGCAGCAUUGUGGCCCUCUCCUCGUGACUGGCUCUAGUCCUGUGGAUGCUACUAAACUCUGUAAUAGGAGGAACUGCUGCAAAGUUGUGUAAUGACUUAUUUUUAUACUGAUAUCAAAGCUGCUCCUCAGAGACAAUGGGCUCUGGGGUGAGUGUCGGAACAGAAAUAAUUUAUUGUAUGUGUAAAUAGUGAUAUUAUUCUCAAUGACUGAUGUAUCAAUGCCAAAACGUCUCACACUGACAGAUUAGCAGGCUUGGAAAGGGACAUCCCUAACAUUUUUGGAGUUUGCCAAGUGAUUUACCUACUAGCCGGCAUUUUGGUCAUGUAGUGCUGGAUUUGGGUGCUUUUCUGCUGAUGAAUACAGUCCAUGUGCUAUUCCCCUUAUAGUCUGUAUGAGUCAGUAUCUCCACUAGAACUGUUUGAUUCCAAAACUUGAGCCAACCCAUCAGUUUGGUAACCGCUAUACUAGUGGCUAUACCAUUCCCUACUUUGUACAAGGGCUGAAGCACAUGGACUUCACCAAGAGAGAGGUGCAGAACUUCAGUUAGGAUAGACUGGUUACAUGUUCUACUAGAUACUCCCAAAAUUCCAUCUUGAAGGUCAGGGUGAUAUUUAGGAUGCACAUUUAUUUGCUGUGUCCACGUGUCUGUAGCCCAGUUGUGAGCGAACUGAAGGUUUAGGAUACAGCACCAAGUGGAGACAAAUGGAAUCAUUGCAGAUACACAUAGCAAUCAUACAAGUUUAUAAAGCUCCAGUCUUCUGCUUGUCCAGGUCCGACUACUGCAGAAACAGAACAUGACCAAUGACCUUGGGGUGUCCCAAUCCAACAUCAACAAAUUCUCCUCUCUGGCUUUUUGCUCCUGUUUUACAUUAAAAUCUGGGUGCAAGUAAUGCCAGUAUAAUCUUUCCCAGUGCCAUCAGAAACACCAUGAGGGUGCCGUAGCCAAUUCUACCCACUUGUUUUUGUUUUAUGCCCUCCGUGAAAGGACAGUUGAAGCGAAUGCACAAAAAGAAGUGGAAGGGAGUGACGUGCGAGUGCAUUUCUAUAUGUGCCUGUGUUCUCUAGCACUCUGUUGUUCCAUAUGUACAGCCUUUCUACCACUGACAUAUCUAUAUAAAGAUACCAAAUGUU